CUUGCAAAAGUGCUUGCGGAACAAUUUGCUUUUUAAAAUAAGUUUGUGUGAUUUAAUAAUAGAUUGUGUUUAUUUAUAAAUAUAUGCAGUUGUUUGGAUUACGUGAUAAUUUAAUAUAGUGUUUAAUUUUGGAUGCGUUUUGUGUUUGUGAAGUUUAAUGCGACUAUAAACAUUGGAAUUUGAUACGAUGGUAAAUUCAGCAAGAUGAAGUAGCUCUGAGCAUCAUGGACGACCCGGAGAGGAUCGCGCGGGAACAGAUAGCUUGUGACCUUGCCAAUAAUAACACUGUACCUCCAACAGGUCUAUACUGUGAAGGCACGUUCGACACUUGGCUAUGUUGGCCGCACACGCCCGCCAACACCACUGCGUACGCGCAUUGCCCAGUAUUCGUUCCUGGGUUUAGUACUGAAUUGUUAGCUUAUAAGGAAUGUACAGCAGAUGGAACGUGGUGGCGACAUCCUGACUCAGGGAAACCCUGGUCGAAUUAUACUACCUGCGUUAAACCUGAAGAAGAUGUAAGCGAAGUGAUAGUACUCUACGAAACCGGCUACAGCAUAUCAUUAAUUGCUCUACUUGUGUCCCUGGCUAUUCUCACAUAUUUCAAGAGUUUAAGAUGUGCCAGAAUCACAGUACACAUGAAUUUGUUCGCUUCUUUCGCCCUCAACAACGCCUUAUGGCUCGCUUGGUACGGCAUGGUAGUGAACAAUGCAGAUAUACCCAAAGAAAACCCGGUCUGGUGUAGAUUCCUCAACGCCAUCCUACAAUACGCACUUCUUACUAACUACACAUGGAUGUUAUGCGAAGGACUGUAUCUCCACACUGUUUUAGUCAGCGCUUUUGUGUCAGAAAGACGUUUAGUUCGGGUUUUAUUAGCCGCUGGAUGGUUACUGCCAGUGCCAUCAGCUAUCAUCCACGCUGCCAGACGCACGGCUUCAGACGAUCCGUUCUGCUGGGCAGAUGAUGGAGCCCCACGGCCAGAACUCGCUGUGCUAGUCUGCGUUACUGUUAUCCUAAACUUGGCGUUUCUGUGCAAUAUCGUCAGGGUGCUAUGUACAAAGUUACGGGCUGGUGGAGGAGCGGGGAUAGCCAGGCCAUCAGCGACGGCUUUACACGCUUUGCGGGCUACGUGCCUCCUAGCUCCUUUACUCGGAGUUCAAUACUUAUUGACACCAUUCAGGCCAGAGAGGGAUGCGAGCUGGUGGCGGGCGUAUGAGUACGUGUCAGCGAUUAUGACGUCACUGCAAGGGUUGUGCGUGGCGGUGCUGUACUGCUUCUGUAAUGGGGAGGUGCUCGCGCAGCUGCGGAGGAAGUGGCGCGUGCUGACGUUCAGACCGAGGGCGAAUUCCACGACGAAUACUACUGUGUCGUUCGUAAGAUCAGCAGGCGCGGGAGGCGGUGAGGAUAAAGUCUGACUAGCGGCCGGCGGCGAGCCCGAAGUCGUAGCGGAGCGGCAACGCCGCAUACGCUUCGAGCGAGAUAGCGACGAGGACGCGCCGCCGGAUGCUAGACUCAUUUAGAUUUAAAAAUUUGAAUUUGAAUAUUAAUAUGCCCAGUUUGUAUUGUAAAUGCUAUUAUAGUGUGAUUUUAUUUGUUAAUACUUUCGUUGUUAGGAUGCUGUUGUGAUUGUGAUGUAAUUAAUAAUUAAUUGUCAAUAGUUUCGAUGUUAAUUAUGUUGUAAGUAACUUAAGGCAAAAGUUUUUGAUGAAGGUUUUAACUAUCCCCACUUUCUAACAUAUUAUUAGUUGGUUCAAUAAAGAAACGAAUCUUCAAUGGCGGCCAAAGCUGACUUUGACAGAUGGUAGGAUCAGCAAAAAAGAAAAUAAAAAUAACGUAAAUUGAUAAUUAUUUUAUUAAUUAUUUCAAAUUGUUUGUUGACAAACUUUUUUGUUAUUGUAUUUGUGUAUUUAUAUGAAUUAUCAUAUUUACG